CCCCGGCCCCGGCCCCGGCCCGGGCUGCAGCCCAAUCGGCGGGCCUGGGCCGUCCCCCGGGGUGCUCUAACCCAUUUUACAGACGUGCUGCCUGCGCCCCGGAGGAGGCGUGGCGGCGCUCGGUGGCCCAGCAGGAUUCCGGGGGCGGCGGGCCAGGCCCGGGAGGACACCCGAGCCCAGGAGGCCGAGGCGCCCGCCCUCCCCGCCGGGGAUCACCUGGGCCGGCCCGGGGCCCGCGGGCCGGGCGGAGAGGGCCGCCGCCUCCUCAAAGCCCGGCAGCCCGCGAGCGUCCCGCACUCCAGCCGUCCGGGCCCCGCGACGCCGCCUGCCCCGCUGCCGACAGGGAAUAAAGGCUCAGUGACCGCCAGUUCUGCCCAGGAGCUCACCUGCCUCUCUGAGCCCCCCGGCUGACUGGCUUGUGCCUCUCCCAGGAUGGACACACAGACUAUACUGCUCAUCUUGCAAGCCUCACUGGUGCUCCCCCUGGCUGACGGGGCCAACCCAGUCCUGCGCUUUGUGGCUGUGGGUGACUGGGGAGGAGUCCCCAAUGCCCCGUUCUACACAGCCCGGGAAAUGGCCAAUGCCAAGGAGAUUGCCAGGACCGUGCAGAUCCUAGGCACAGACUUCAUCCUGUCCCUGGGGGACAAUUUCUACUUCACUGGCGUGCAGGACGCCAACGACAAGAGGUUUCGGGAGACCUUCGAGGACGUGUUCUCUGCCUCCUCCCUCCGCAACGUGCCCUGGUACGUGCUGGCUGGCAACCACGACCACCUGGGGAACGUCUCCGCGCAGAUCGCCUACUCCAGGAUCUCUCAGCGCUGGAACUUCCCCAGCCCUUACUACCGGCUGCGCUUCAAAGUCCCACGGUCCAAUGUGUCUGUGGCCAUCUUCAUGCUGGACACGGUGACCCUGUGCGGCAACUCGGACGACUUCCUCAGCCAGCAGCCCGAGAGGCCCCGUGACGUGGCGCUGGCCCGCACGCAGCUGUCCUGGCUCAAGAAGCAGCUGGCGGCGGCCAAGGAGGACUAUGUGCUGGUGGCCGGCCACUACCCCGUGUGGUCCAUCGCCGAGCACGGGCCCACCCGCUGCCUGGUCAAGCAGCUGAUGCCGCUGCUGGCCACAUACAAGGUCACCGCCUACCUGUGCGGCCACGACCACAACCUGCAGUACCUCCAGGACGAGAACGGCGUGGGCUACGUGCUGAGCGGGGCCGGAAACUUCAUGGACCCCUCGAGGAAGCAUAUGCGCAAGGUCCCCAACGGCUACCUGCGCUUCCACUACGGGGCCGAGGACUCGCUGGGGGGCUUUGCCUACGUGGAGAUCAGCCCCAAAGAGAUGAGCGUCACUUACAUCGAAGCCUCGGGCAAGUCUCUCUUCAAGACCAGACUGCCGAGGCGAGCCAGGCCCGAGCACCCACGCGUGCGCCACUCUAGGGCCUGAGGCGGGAGGGGGGGCCUCCCUGCCGUCGGGUGGCUGGGCCCCGCUGGGCCGCGUGCCCGUGGGCAGGCUUCCUCACGGGCCUGUGGAGCUGCGGCGGAGCAGAAGGAGAACCACAGACGAGGAGCGGUGGCGCCAGGUGGCCCUUGUGGCAAGGAUGCCCGCGUCUGUGAAAGCAUCGUGGGCACGUGGACCAGCCGGCGUGCCGUGCCCCGUGGCCGAGCUUGUCCAACCUGAGCUCCAGGCG